UCCCAUGCUAACUAAUUCAUUUCCCUUUAAUUUCUUCUUAUGCACACAUACAUCCUUGAGAAAUUUUGCAUAUUUCAGAACUUGCUCUAUCAUAGUUAACAAGGGCACAUUCACCUCCACUUUGCUAAACAAAUUAACAAGUUCUUGAAAUUCCCUAGCUUUCUCUUCCUCAACAUGUUUCUUUUGCUGAAUUCUUCUUUGAGGAAAAGGUAAUGGAGCAGAAAUCUCAGUACCUUGCUGUUGUGAUUCUUUCUCUACAUUUUGAGCUGAAAUUGGAGCUGAUUGUGAAUCAUCUUGUUCUGCUGAACCAAAAUCUGUUAAAAUCUGUUCUGCUGUAUUUCUUCCACUGUUUUGUACUGGUUGAGUGGAUUUUGAAUUCAAAUUUCCUGGUACAAGAUCUGGUGAAUCCGGUACUGGUGCAACAAAAUCUGAUCCAAUUGGAAUAUUCUUCAUUGGUUCGGUUAUGGUUCUUCCAAUUCGAAGAGUCAACGAACUCACAUUCUUUGGGUUUGGCAUUGUUUGAGAAGGUUGAUAAUAUUGCUGGAAAGGCUGAUUUUGCUGCUGGAAACUUUGCUCAGGUUGCUGGAAAUUGCUGGAAGUGUGGCUGA